GUCUGCAGCAGCUCACCCUUCAAAGCAGACUCAACCAACACAGCACUACUAUCUUCCACCAUUUUCCCUAAAGCACGCUGGCAUUCAGGCGUCUUUCUUGUUCAGCGACCUUAUUGUCUGCUCGUCUCCAUAUCUAAGUGUCCAGUCUACUUGUGCAUUACUUCGCUACAUUACCGGUUUUCUCGCUGCCUGCUCUCAGAAAGCGAACCUGCCGUCUUAGACAGGAGCCAUGGCGCGCUGUACCCAUCGCGACCAUCGGACAGCUAUCGCGAGUCCGCCUUGUCGCGGCUAACCUUCUUGUCGCGCGAGAAUAACGUCGAGCUGUCGCUUACCCUAACCUCACAGCCAUUCCCUCACAGCCCUAACCUGGCAGAGGGCGCGCGAGAGAGAGCGAGGGAACCGCGUAGCAUCCCCAUAGCAGUCUCUAUCUCGUAGGACGCCAAUGGGAGGCUGUCUAAGCCGCCCGCACGCCGAUGACGUCGUUUCCUCUAGUGCCAACGGGAGCAAGCGGCGAGAACCAGAGAGCCUUUCCGUGAAACUGAAUCAGGGAGCCGCCGCAGAAGGCAAGGACAUUUCGCACACGCCGACGCAGCGAUCCAAGUCGCGAGAAGGGUCGGAGCACGGGCCGGUCCGAGCUGCGCGAUCGCGAGACAACUCGGAGCACGGCUCGUCAAAAGUCAAGCCCGAGUUAUUACCAGCGGACGCCGCGAACCCCACCAAGAAGGAAAACCCGGAGUACCUGCCCGGGUCGAGGCCGGGCAGCAACGACUGGGACCGGAAUAACCAGCCGUUGGAUCUGUCGGAAAUCACGGGCCGGAGCACGGCCGACGAUGACGGCGUUCCGGCGAAGGACAGUCUCAAGCAGAUGAUGCAGGAGGUGCGAUCCAGCGACAAUGCCCGCGUCGCAGCGAUCGCAGGCGACGGCAGCAUGGGGCUGGGGUUCCGGCCGCGCGGUGGUAACCCGAUGUUCGCGCAGAUGAAUAGUAGCACGCACGGCGGCGCGGGGGGGGGGAUGCCGGGCGCGACGUCGAUGCACGGCGGGGUGGCGGCGAUGGGGAGCUCGUCCAUGCACGCCGGCUACAUGGCCUCGGGCUCCAUGCACGGCGGCGGUGCCGGACGAGCAUCUGCCGUGGCCAUGCGCGCCAUGCAGGCGGCGAAGCUGCGCGCGUCCAAGACGGCGCUGGAGCGCCACAACGUGCAGAUCAUCGGCACGGGAGCAGAGCUGCUCGUGCUCUCGCACGGCUUCGGGCAGAACAAGAAUAUCUGGAGCAGCAUUUUGGGCCAGCUGGACACGAGCGUGUACAGAGUCGUGCUCUACGACCUCACAGGCGCGCUGGGCACGGACUACGACGCCUUUGACUACCAGCGCUACAGCACGCUGCACGGCUUCGCAGAGGACCUGCUGCAGCUGCUGGGCGAGCUGGGCGUCGAGGGCACGGACUGGGGCCACCAGUGCACGUUCAUAGGGCACCAGCAGAGCGGCAUGAUGGGGCUGCUGGCGUCCCUGGAGCGACCAAGUGUCUUCAAGCGCAUUAUCAUCAUGGGCUCGUCCCCCAGGAUGCUGGACGCACCGGGCUACGAGGGUGGCUUUGCGCUGAACGACCUGGACCAGGUGUUUGGCAUCAUGCAAGGCAACUUCAAGAUGUGGAGCAGGGGCUGUGCGCCCGUGCUCACAGCAGACGACGUGAAGGCGCCCCAUGUGCGCGAGUUCACGCGCCCGCUCUUCCUGCUGCGCCCCGACAUCGGGUUCAGCAACCUCAAGACCGCCUUCGCGUGCGAUGUGCGCGACAUCCUACCAAGGGUGUCAGUGCAGGUGCACCUCCUCUUUUUCGACAAGGACUCCAUCGUACCCCAGCCAGUCAUCCAAUACAUGCUCACCACCAUCCCCAACGCCUUUGCCGAAAUCCUCUCUACUACCGGCUUCAGCGAUUCGCCUACAACGGUCGCUGCGGGCAUUCAACGGCAUCUCAACAUGCCUAUUCGGGAAACAUUUGGGCUGUCGAGUCGACGCAUAUUCAACGCCAGGCAUCUACCACCGCCUAUGCCUGAGAUGGAGGAAGACACUGGGGAAAUGGAGGUGGAGAUUAUAUAGAUUUUGGAUGAUUUGUGUACAAGGCACACAAUAUAGGCAUAAUCUAGAAAAAAAAAACAUUUUGUCUUAGUUUUUCAUUGCUUGGGAUACUGUUCCUAGCGACAGCAGAAUCCUCAGCUGCUUUUACACUCGCCGUUCUUCGC